AUGGAAACAUCCCCCCGCAAGGACAGCGGCUUCACCGUGACCGAAUUGGAGAGUUCAUCCCCGGCUUGUCUUCGGCAUGUCGGGGUGGUCAACGAUGACGGUCCGCCGUGCAGCCGACUCUCCCCCUACAUCCUCCCGUUCGUCAAUGCCCUCCAAGACGCCGGCCAUGUCGUCUCCGUCGCCAUCCCUGCCGCCUCGCGCUCCUGGAUCGGCAAGGCGCAUCUGAUCGAAGCCUCCCUGAGAGCCACCUACGUGCCGCCUGCCGCCUUCCGCAACGACGCCACCUGGGACGAGGAAUGCGCAUCCACCGAUGACCGCGAUGAAUGGGUCGUGAUCCGCAACGGCACGCCCGCCAGCUGCGUGCAACUCGGCCUCUUCAACCUCUUCGCGGACCGCGGGCCCUUCGACCUCGUGAUCUCCGGCCCCAACCACGGCCGCAACGCCUCCACCAUCUACAACCUCUCGUCCGGCACCGUCGGCGGCGCCCUCGAGGCCGCGACCUGCGGGAAGCGCGCCAUCGCCAUCUCCUUCGGCAGCAAGGACCCCCAGCCCGCCGACACCAUCUCCGCCGCCUCGCGACUCGCCGUCAAGCUCGUCGACCACCUGUCGCGCCACUGGGACGAGCGCGUCGAGCUGUAUAACCUGAAUAUUCCCAUGCGGGCCGAUGUCGAGACCAAACCGAUUCAAUAUACCCGCGCCCUGCCGUACUACUGGGCCCGGGGAUACCUGUACGCCGAGGAGCCGGCGCAAGAGAAGACGACAACGACAACAACGACGAACGGCCUGACAAACGGAACGACACUGACCAAUGGCGCCGCCAAGGCAGUCAACGGGUCCUCGUCGCGGUUAAAGGAGCGCAGUUUCAACUGGUCCGCGCAGCUAUCGGAUAUGAAGAAGGCGCUGCAGGCUAGUGAGGAGGGGACGGAUGCGCAUACGGUGCUGAAUGGAAAUGUUAGUGUGACGGCCCUCUGUGCGAAUUUCUGGCAUGUGCCCGGGCUGGAUGGACCGUUGGAGUUGGGCAAUUGA